AUUACCCUAUUAACAUUUUGUAUUAGUAAUUUCCACUUUGCUCCAGCUCACCUUGACCUAGAAAGUAUUUGAGGAGGGUUCCUGUUAGACUACAGGCAUAGCCGUUUUGAGUUCCAUACUGAAUGUGUUGGGGCCAUGUCCUGUUUCUCUUUUCUCUGUGCCAUAUUUAUCUCCAUAAAGCUUGGCCACAGAACACAUCUAGUGGACUGAAUUGAAUGCUACAGUCUGUGUCUCAUCUUUCUUUCUCUUUUAGGGAAUUAAUUUGAUAGUACAAUAUUGAUGGCUGUAAAGAAGUCAUCCCUCUCACUGGAAUCCAGUGAGAGUGAUUCUGAGUUGCUGCCAGUAUUUGCCUUUCUCAAGAAGGAACCAUCUUCAACAAAGAGGGAGGAGAAGAUUGUAGUGAUUGACACUUCAGAUUCUGAGGCCUCCUGCCCUCUAUCUCCAAGGUUGAAAGAUCCACCACAUGUCCCAGACACAGCUGAAACUGUCACACAAAUACAGCCAGUCAGGGCAUUAAGCAGUGGAAGUGAGGAUGAGGAGGAACUUAUUCCCCUGGCUGAGAGGCUUACAUGUAAGUUUUUGAGGCACAAGCAGCUAAGCCCUGAGGACUCUGGCUUCCCAGUUAAAAGAGUUUGGGAUCAUCAGAAUAAUGAAGGCGCAUCAUGUGACUGGAAAAAGCAAUCCUUUCCAAAGAUCCCUGAUGUUCCCCUCUAUGACACCGCAGAGACGUGUGCAUCAAAUAACAAGGACCCUGUGGUAGACAAUCAAUGCCAUCAGGUUCCAGGCUACCAAGCUACCUGCCCUGUCCAGAGCAACAGCUUGACCGCAACCAAAACAAAUGCUGAGGUCCCCCUGCCUCGGAAGAGAACCAAGCAUAAUCAGAAGGUCCAGAGGAGAGGCUCACAGGGAUGCCAGCCGCGGGGACAAGCCAGCCAGAAGGAAGGCACUCUAAGACAACAGGAAAGGAAGAAGGCAGCAGCACUGGUUAACAGGCCGAAAGCCCAGAGGCCAGAGGAGUGCUUAAAACACAUCGUUGUGGUGCUGGAUCCAGUGCUCUUACAGACAGAAGGUGGGGGCCAGCUCCUGGGAGCACUGCAGUCCAUGGAGUGCUGCUGUGUCAUUGAGGCGCAGGCCAUGCCGUGCAGCAUCACCUGGAGGAGAAGGGCCGGGACGACUGAGGAUGGAGAGGAGGGCUGGGUGGAGGAGCCGAUGGUCUUGGUGCUGCUCCUGACAGAGGCGUUUGUGUCCAUGAUCUACAACUUCAAGCAGGGAAGUCUGGGCAGCAAUGAGAAAGGGAAGGAAACACUUCGGAGCUUUGUAACUGACAUCACAGCAAGAACAGCAGGGAAGGCUCUGUCACUGGUGAUUAUGAAUCAAGAGAAAUGCUUCAGCCUGGAGCUGCCGCCCUUCUUUGGUUUCCUCCCCUGCUCCAGUGCUCCAAAAACUCCAAAGAGAAGGAAACAGGGUAUGGCAAACAGAGAACAGGCCAAGGAGAAAAAGAAGCAGAGAACACCAGAGGCCAAUGCAGGACCCAUGGUGUCCAGGGUAGACAUGGAGGAGGCAUUGGUGGAUCUGCAGCUACACACACGCGCCCAGGCUCAAAUUGUGCAGAGCUGGAAAGAGCUGGCUGACUUGGCGUGCACGUUCACCAAGGCUGUGGCUGAGGCGCCCUUCAAGAAGCUCCGAGAUCAAACUAGUUUCUCCUUCUGCCUAGAGAGUGACUGGGCCGGAGGGGUGAAGGUGGACCGUGCUGGUAGGGGACUUGCUCAGGUCUGGAGGAGACAGAUUCAGCAGCUGAACCGAGUCAGCCUAGAAAUGGCCAGUGCUGUUGUGGCCACCUAUCCCUCCCCGCAGCUCCUGGUCCAGGCUUAUAGGCGGUGUUUUUCGGAGCAAGAAUGCCAGAAUUUGCUUGCAGACAUACAGGUGCGCCGUGGGGAAGGUGUGACAUCCACCUCCCGCCGUGUUGGACCAGAGCUGUCCAGGCGCAUCUACCUUCAGAUGACUACUUUGCAGCCAGAUCUCUCUUUAGACAGUGCAGACUGAUGAUAGCCCUUGGGGGCAGGAAAAAAACCUGGAGAUUCCCACCUCGGAACAGGACUACAAGGAAGAUAUUGGAAGCGCCUCCUGGAGUACAAGCCUGGAUCAGGCCCACAAGAAAGAGACUCUUUCCUGGGUGUCAUCUGCGAAAGUCUCCCUACCAGUCAGCUGGCUGAGAUACUUACAUUUAU